AUGACAGGACACUCGGCUGGCGCACCACCGAGAGACUACUCUCUUUCAAGUGAUAGCCAAGACCGUAUCUUCGGCAUAUUCAGUGGCAUUGCAAUCAUCGCAACCACCUACGGCAAUGGUAUCAUUCCAGAGAUACAGGCAACAGCAGCUCGACCUGUAACAGGAAAGAUGUUCAAAGGCCUUUGUCUCAGCUACGUGAUCGUGAUAAUGACAUUCUUCAGCGUGGCGAUAUCGGGGUACUGGGCAUUCGGCAACCAAGCUGAAGGCUCCAUCCUUACCAACUUCAUUCUGAAGAACAGCUCGACUUUAGUUCCAAAGUGGUUCCUCGUGAUGACCAAUUUGUUUGUUCUUCUCCAACUAGCCGCUGUAGGAGUGGUAUACUUGCAGCCAUCAAAUGAGAUACUUGAGGGGUUGUUUGCUGACCCAACCAAGGAUCAAUACUCUGCUCGGAACAUUGUGCCAAGGCUCAUCUUCCGGUCACUAUCCAUCGCCAUAGCAACUCUCAUAGCAGCGAUGCUCCCUUUCUUUGGUGCCUUCAAUGCAGCCAUUGGUGCUUUUGGGUUCCUGCCCCUUGAUUUUGCAGUGCCAUCAGUUAUGUACAACAUCACCUUCAAACCUUCAAAGAGAGGCCUGCUUUUUUGGUUGAACACCACCAUAGCCAUAGUAUUCUCGAUACUGUCAGUGCUGGGUUCCAUUUCUGCAGUGCGGCAGAUCGUUCUGGAUGCCAAGACCUAUAAACUUUUUGCUAAUGUUUGA